UCAAGAGGACAUGCAGUACACAGACCUCAAGAUGUUAAUGCUGAUGUGGAUUAAAGUGGUGCUGUUUAAUAAAGUCGACUGCAAACAAAAUAGCAUCGUCCAUCAACCGAACCCGGUAGUCAGUGCUGCUCCUGGUGAUAACGUGACUCUACAAUGCUUUCAGCUCGGAGAACAAAACUCUGAUCCCAUCAUUUGGUACAAGCAACCAGGAGGACACGAACCGUCCUUAGUGGCUGUGGUACAGAAAUUCCAGGAUCCCAUUUACAAAGACGAAUUCAAGUCUCCGAGGUUCAGAAUCGAGAAAGGAAGCAGUAGCUUUCAUUUGAAAAUAAUGAACGUGAAUCCAUCAGACGAAGCCGUGUAUUACUGUGGACGGAUUACAUUCUACACCGUAUUCGCAAAAGGAACAUUUUUAACUGUAAAAGAUAAUGAAGAUGUAAAAGUAUCAGUGUGGCAGCACGGCAUGUCGGACUCGGUUCCUGCAGGAGCCUCAGUGACUCUGCAGUGCUCGGUUCUCUCUGAGAGCAGAGCAGCAGAACUCCAAGUGCUCUGGUUCAGAGCUGCUCCACCACAAUCCCAUCCUCAAAUCAUUUACACUCAUCACAACAGCAGCCAUCAGUGUGAGAGCGGCUCUUCUACACACACCUGUGUGUACAACUUCACCAAGAACAUCCUCAGCCUCAAUGAUACUGGAACUUACUACUGCGCUGUGGCCCUGUGUGGGAAGAUCAUAUUUGGGAAUGGGACACAAAUAAAAUUGAAAGAAUCUGUGGAUCCUGUAGUGAUCUGCCUCGCUGUAGCUUUGGGAGUGUGUGUGAUGGUGAUCUCUGUUCAAGCUCUUUUAUUCUGUAUUUGGAGAAACUAUGAACAACACAUAAAAAGAGAAACCAGUGUGAAAGGGUCUGAACAAACAACCUCUCAGGACCAUGACAGUGAGCUGAAUUACGCUGCCUUACAUUUUAAUAAUAAGAAAACCAAAGGAGAGAGAAGAACGAGAAAACAAACUCAAGACUCUGUGUACUCUGAAGUCAGAUCUCUCACCACAACGUAGAUUAUACUUCAUCAGUCAUUCAUUUUGUUUGUGAUUUUUGACUCUG